UCACGCUUCGCCACGUAUACUCCACCUUGCUCAUGCUCUGCCCCCACCCCGUCCUGUACGCUUUCCCUCUCAUCGUCUCGACGAUGCAAACCAGUGAAAUUUUGGCUCUUAAUAGCUUUCACCAUGGUUCUUCAAUUCAACAAGGUCACGUUUUCUCUCUCAGAUGAAUGUGGGUUUUCUUGGAUUUGAAAGAUGAAUGUGAUAUGAAGGUGGUGGCGCAGGGUUUGUGAAAGGAAAUUUUUGUUCUCUUUGGUUUUGGUUUUUUCUUACUUUUUGUGGGGUUUUGAGAGAAUGUCUCAUAGUUCUGAUACAAGGAGAGAAAUCCCACCUGGAAUUUUGCUUAUUAGAAGCAUUAGAGGCAAAGAUUGGAGUCUUUCUACAUAUAGAUAUGUGAUUUUGCUUGUUACUUUCAUAGCUUAUGCAUGCUACCAUGCUUCAAGAAAACCCAGUAGUAUAGUGAAAAGUGUUUUGUAUCCUGACCCCAACAAAGGCACAGGCUUAGGCUUGGACCCCUUGUUUGGCAGGGUUUUUGUUAAGGAAGAGUUUGGAGGUAAUGGGAAUUAUAGGUUGAUAGAGAAGGGUUGGGCUCCAUUUAAUGGAACUGACGGGACGUCGAAGUUGGGAGAGAUUGAUCUUGCAUUUCUUGCAUGUUACUCUUUGGGAAUGUAUGCUGCUGGGCAUUUGGGAGAUACAUUGGACCUCCGGUUGUUCUUGACAGCCGGGAUGAUUGGGAGUGGCAUUUUUGUUGCACUAUUUGGGAUGGGAUACUUUUGGAAUGUUCAUGUGUUUGGUUUUUAUCUUGGGAUGCAAAUGGUUGCGGGGUUAUUCCAAGCAACUGGCUGGCCUUCGGUUGUUGCUGUGAUUGGUAAUUGGUUUGGAAAGGGGAAGAGGGGUUUGAUAAUGGGUAUAUGGAAUGCACACACUUCCAUUGGGAAUAUUAGUGGCUCACUUCUUGCUGCUAGUGUUCUGGACUAUGGGUGGGGUUGGUGUUUUAUAGUUCCAGGUGCUUUUAUUGCAGUGGGCGGUGUAAUGGUUUUCUUCUUCUUGGCUCCAUAUCCAGAGGACAUUGGAUUUUCUUUCCCACAAGGUUCACCUUCUGAUUUGGAGGCAAACCCUAAGGACGAAGAAGCUAAUGUAAGAAAAGAAACUACAGAGGAAGAUGAAACACAAACUAUUAACCGAGCUGGGUCUGUGAGCAGGACAAGUGUUGGGCUUCUUGAAGCUUGUCUAAUACCAGGAGUUAUACCCUUUGCGCUGUGCCUCUUCUUCUCAAAGCUUGUGGCCUACACGUUUCUGUACUGGCUGCCAUUUUAUUUAAGUCAGACUGAAAUAGGAGGAGAAUAUGUUUCUGUAAAAUCUGCUGGAAACCUCUCCACUUUGUUCGAUGUAGGGGGCAUAGUUGGUGGAAUCCUUGCUGGCUACAUAUCUGAUAAACUUAAUGCUCGAGCUACCACAGCAGCCAGCUUCAUGUGUGCUGCAAUUCCAGCAAUGCUUUUAUAUCGCAGAUAUGGCAGUAUUUCACACAAUAUCAACAUUGCGCUUAUGAUGGUUGCUGGCUUGUUUAUUAAUGGGCCCUAUGCACUUAUCACCACUGCGGUAUCUGCAGACCUUGGUACGCAUAGUUCGCUUAGAGGGGAUUCUCGAGCACUAGCAACAGUUACUGCCAUAAUUGAUGGUACCGGAUCAGUUGGUGCAGCUUUUGGCCCUCUUCUUACUGGUUUCCUUUCAACAAAGGGAUGGGAUGCAGUAUUUGUGAUGUUAAUGAUUUGUGCUCUUAUUGCGGCACUUCUUUUAUCACGUUUGGUUAUGGCUGAAAUUGCUGAGAAGACUUGCAAACAAGUUCCUGUAUCCGGUGGGCGACAAAGUUCCAGAGCUCCUGCAUCCCAACCACUUCUAAGUGAUCGACGAUGAUACUAAGGGAUGCCCUCAAGAAGCUUCAUCAUAUGCCGGAAAUCAUGAAAAACAAGCUUCGUUAUGUUGAUAAAUUCAAGCACAACUUGUGGGUGAUAAUUUGUGGUCUUGAGAAACAAAUUUCUUUGGCCAUAUUACAAAACGAAACAUAAGCAUCAGUUUACGUCAAAGCUGAAAGGCUUCAGAAGUAGAGCUUUUUUAGCACCCAUGUUGGUGUUCAUGUUCUGUAAUAUAUGCAAAAUAAUCAGCAGUUUUUAGAUUUUGCUUACUUUGGAUAAUUGCUGUCCAAUCUGGGUGAAUUUUGUUUACAGAUAAUGCUGAAGAUAGAAUUCAAUAUUUUCUUUGAACUUUACCCUUUCGGGUGACAAUCCUUUAUUUACCGUUUAGAAACCAAACUUGGCGGCAGUGAUGCUGUUUGGUUUUCUGUCAAGCUCAAAGCAUUUAUAUUUGUAGGGUUAAAACUUUGCUUUUUAUACCAGUCAACAUUUUCUCCAAGCUCAAUUGUCAUUUCUACAUAUUAAUUGAGGUUUGGAAGUAAUUGUUUGCCAAACCUCAAUAACUCCUUCGUUGCAUUCUUUUUUAUGUUUUUUUUUUUGGAAUAUAAGCAAUGGUUUAAAUUACAAGGAGGAGGGGAGAUUUUUCACACACACUACCAAGGUGCCAAGAGGGUUCGAACUUGAGACCGCUUGUCUGCAAGUCAAUGUCUUUUUUCACUGGACUAGACCUCGUUGAUUCCUUUUGAUGUUUAAGUAACAAGUAAGUUGUUGAAAAUUGACUGUAAAAAAGUUAACUGUGUUACACUUUCAGAGUAAUAAUGAAAACAAAUAGUAAUGGGAUUAACAAUCAUGGAUCAAUUCCCAUAAGUCAAGUCAAUUGAAAACUUACCUCCCACAUUUACUCUGAGAGUUUGAUACUUUACUAAAUAAAACAAAAAAAGAAGAGAAUAGAAAAGAGAACUAAUGUUUACUGAAUUAAUUUGCAAGCUGUGAAACUAAACGAACACUUUAAUAGCAAUCAUAGAACUUAAAAAAGAAAGAACUUCUGCAAUAAAAUCACAUAAGUAAAGCUAGCUCUGUUUAGGAGACUGAAACUUUACUAAAAAUCUAAAGAUGGGUGCAUAAAA